ACCACAAGACACUUGCAAACCCUUGGACAUUAGGCCAAAGAAGAUGUUUGAGGAUUUGGGUUCGUGUCAGCACAUUCGACAGGUGUUGAACUCCAAAGCUCGAGAAAAUGUCUUGAUUACCUACAAGCAAGCAAUCAAAAUUGCUUUGCUCGUGAAUAAGUCCAAUAAUUUUAGGCUUCUCAAAGACAACUCGUCUUUUUCCGCCGACAAGCUAAUUGAGCUCAAGCUCAACGCAUUGAAGUGUUCCAACUGCAAGCUCUGCAACUUCAACAACAAUCUUAUCUGCCUACAGUGUCCCAACAUUGGCUGUCAAAUUAACAACCAUGGAUACAAUCACUACAAGUUGAACCAACAUGUAUUUGCUAUUGACAGUGAAAACGGAUUGAUUUAUUGCUUCAAGUGUAACACCUAUAUCAAUGAUAAGGCCUUGAACGACAUACGAAACGAGGUGCGGCCCGAGUCGAGUUUGGAGUUACCGGAAUCUGAUGAUACAAGCGACCACUACGAUACUCCUGAAGAGACUUCGAUCCGGGGCCUCAAGGGGUUUGUGAACUUCGGAUCGACGUGCUUCAUAAGCUCAAUAUUGCAGACGCUCAUCCACAAUCCCAUGUUGAAGCGGGAGUUCUUCAACAGUGACGAGCACUACUUCAAUUGUGAUGUGAGCGAGUGCAUCACUUGCUCAAUCGACAAAAUCUUCACCGAGUUUUUUACCAGUAGCAAUAACGACUCGUUCGGGAUGACGAACUUGUUGAUAAAUUCGUGGUAUAAGAACAAAUCGUUGACAGGCUACGAGGAACAAGAUGCCCAUGAGUUUUGGCAGUAUCUUCUCAACGAGUUUCACAAAGACCACAUGAGAUUAAAGAGUGAUAUGGGGGAGAAUGAUGUGUUUGGCCAUACGUAUGAGGACUGUGACUGUAUCACCCAUAAGCACUUUGCUGGAGAGUUGGAGAGUUUGAUCAUGUGCUCAGAUUGCGACAAUACCACCAGGACUAUUGACCCGAUUAUGGACUUGUCAUUGGAACUCACGAAUUUGCCAGACCACUCGACCGUGUACGACUGUCUAAACUUGUUUACCAAGGAAGAAACGUUGGAAAACUACAAGUGUCAGUUCUGUAAUAAGAACUCGAAACCGAAGAAGUCGUUGAAGAUCAAUAAGAUGUCAUCGGUGUUAUCGAUCCAACUCAAGAGAUUCAAGCAUAAUGUAAACUCCUUCAUCAAAAAUGAUAUCCCCAUCAGAAACCCAUUGUACCUCAACCUCUCGGACUACUUAUCACAAGAUAGUAAUGAAGGGAGUACCAACCAGUUCUACGAACUAUUUGCCUUGGUGGUCCAUAUCGGAUCUGUCAACACAGGUCACUAUGUGGUGCUUAUAAAGACGGAGAACAACCAGUGGCUUAAAUUUGACGACAGUAUCAUCACAUUGGUUCCUCAACAGGAAAUUGAGUCUAUCAAUGCCUAUUUGUUGUUUUAUAUGGUUCACAACAUUUAGGUUUGCAUCAGGGAAUAUUGAUUCAUAUUCCAUACAUAGGAGGCAUACUGGACUGUGCCUAUUAGCACAUGAGGAAGACUUCUUAUCUGCACAUUAAAGGAAGCAUGAUUAUUCAUAUUGAGAUAUAUAUCCUAUUAAGAUGAAAAUUGGACAAUCUCAAUUAGCACAGAACAGGAAGCGUAAAUUAUUCAGCACAUACAUGGAGGCAUGAAUUAUCCAUAUUAAUGCACAUAUUUAAGUACAUGAGUUUCACACUCAUCUAGGCCUUGAAAGGGCAGGGAAAAUAUAUUUAGUGUCAUGUGCCGUUUAGUUGAUGCAGUCGUAACCAAGCCUCGAUUCUAAAUUUAACAUUGCACUUGUCUUCAACAACCCUGACUUCCCUUCAAGAUACACAUCGGUUUACAAACACAUCCUUUUAGUACUACAGGUACCCGUAGUCCCACCUAUAUCUACUCCUACCCAGUUCUACCUCUCUAAACCUCAACCAAUUGCUCUCUCAACUAUUUUGACAGCCAUAAAUACGAGCGCCGCGCCCGUAAACUGGCGGACUUUUGGAAGCCCAAAAAUUCCGUUCGACAACUACAACUAUGCUUAGCAGGAACAUAACACGUCUAUUGGCUUUAGCAGUUGGUGCUACUACUGCCUUAGGAUUGGGACUUGGCCUAGGACUCGGCUUGGGACUUAAGAAAAAGUCUGACUCCCACAAUGCCAGUACCACUUCCAGAACCACCUAUUGGAAGCCAGAAUCAGGUACAACAUGGGAUUAUGUCCUCCAAAACCCUCCAAAGCUCUCGUCUACAAACGAGAGCAUCGAGGUAUACGAUAUCGACUUAUUUGACAGCUCGGUGAAGCUCAUCAAAGACCUUCAAGAUGAUGGUCACAAGGUGGUAUGUUAUUUUUCAGCCGGAAGCUACGAAAACUGGAGACCAGACGCUGACAAUUUCACGGCUGCCGACCUUGGAAACGAUUUAGAUGGCUGGAAGGGUGAAAGAUGGCUCAACAUUUCGUCACCAAGCACCAGGAGCAUCAUGAUAAGCCGUCUUGAGAUGGCCUUGGAGAAAGGUUGCGAUGGGGUGGACCCAGACAAUUUAGAUGGAUAUGACAAUGACAACGGCUUGAAUUUGACUCACACAGACUCCAUAAACUAUAUCAAGUACCUUGCAGAUGAGGCUCACCUGAUGAACAUGUCGAUAGGGUUGAAGAACUGUGGUGCUAUAAUCGAUUCUGUGAUUGACAGUGUUGAGUGGGUGGUGGACGAGCAGUGUGUGGAGUACGACGAGUGUGACCUCUACCGGCCCUUUAUAGACCAGAACAAGCCAGUGUUUCACGUGGAGUACCCUAAGGGUGAUACCGUUGACAAUGACAACAGUGUAAAUGGAAGUACUUAUAGGGAGAUCUGUGGGUUUAAGGCCGCGCAGGGGUUUUCUAGUAUCAUUAAAAACAUGGACUUGGACUACUGGAUAGAAAGUUGUUAGAUAUGACCAAAUAUGACCAGAUCUGUAAAAAUGUAUACAUGCGCAGAUA